CCUCAAUCCAUCAUCAAUUCAUUCCCUUUCUUUUCCACUAGCAUAUGUCUCAAAGGUCUUGCGUUCCUCAUUCUUCUUCAAUAGCUUUCGGUCUCCAUUCUCAUCUCCUGGUUUCCAGUGAGAUGAACCCCAAUUCGAAUUGGUCUUAGUAAUUAAUUUCUCUUUUUCUGUUUUAAUUUUUACCCCAAACCCAUCUGGGAUUUGCUUGAUUCGUUCAAGUUUGAAGGAAAAAGAUUCCAUCUUUUGUGAUAAUUUUGAGGGCAAAUCAUGGGUAUUAAAGGUUUUGUUGAAGGAGGGAUUGCAUCUAUUGUGGCUGGAUGCACCACUCACCCCCUUGAUCUGAUCAAAGUUCGAAUGCAGCUGCAGGGGGAGACCCAGGUGCCGAACCAUGCUGUUCAGACUCUUCGCCCUUCGCUUGCCUUUCAAACCACUGGCGGUGCUGCUGCUGCGCCGUCCUCUGCCAUCCACGUGCCACAGCCGGUGCGUGUGGGGCCGAUCGCAACUGGGGUUCGUAUUGUUCAGACGGAGGGCGUGGCCGCGCUCUUUUCUGGGGUUUCUGCCACCGUUCUUCGCCAGACUCUCUACUCUACCACCCGUAUGGGUCUGUACGACAUCCUCAAGCAGAAAUGGACCGAUCCGGAGGCCCGUACCAUGCCUCUCGGGCGCAAGAUCGCUGCGGGUCUAAUCGCCGGAGCAAUCGGCGCGGCUGUUGGGAACCCGGCUGAUGUGGCAAUGGUCCGAAUGCAAGCCGACGGCCGGCUCCCUCCAGCCCAGCGCCGCAACUACACAAGCGUAAUAGACGCCAUCACUCGGAUGAGCAAGCAGGAAGGCAUCACCUCCCUGUGGCGCGGGUCGUCGCUGACGGUAAACCGUGCAAUGUUGGUGACGGCGUCCCAGCUGGCAUCCUACGACCAGUUCAAGGAAAUGAUCCUGGAAAAGGGCGUUAUGAAGGACGGGCUGGGGACCCACGUGACAGCGAGCUUCGCCGCUGGGUUUGUGGCCGCGGUGGCAUCAAACCCUGUGGACGUGAUUAAGACACGGGUGAUGAACAUGAACGUGGAGCCCGGCGAGAAGCCACCGUACGCAGGGGCCCUGGACUGCGCGAUAAAGACAGUGAGGGCAGAGGGUCCGAUGGCGCUGUACAAGGGUUUCAUACCAACGAUUUCGAGGCAGGGGCCGUUCACGGUGGUACUGUUCGUGACACUGGAACAGGUUCGAAAGUUGAUGAAGGAUUUUUAGGGAAGAUGAUGAUGAAGAAAAAUGAAUCCUAGGAAAUGAAUAAAAUAAUAAUUGUUUGUUGUGUUUGGCUUGUAUGAGUUUGAGAAGGAAAGAAUUAAGCAACGUGAUGUAAUAGAACGUGGUGUGUUCGGUUCUGCUACCUAUUUGGAAUGUCGACCUAUUUCUAUAAUCUGCAGUAAUUUGUUUCUGUAUGCGUAAUUGCCUGUGGUAGUUUCCCAGAGGAGGAAAGGACAUUGGCCUUUGGACAGAUUCAUGGUAAUUUCCAGUCCACAGAAUUCCUUGAGGCUGUUUAGAACAGCUGUAAGUUUUUAUAGGAAUUGUAAUUUAUUUAUAUAUAAAUUAUAUAUAUUAUUUAUUUAUAUAAAAUUUUAAUUAUUUU